CAACAGAUAUGUACUAUCUUGGGUAUUAAAGAGUUACGUCUCGUUACGUCACAGUCAGCUGACCAACCACGUGACUUUGCGGAAGCGACUGUAGUAAUAACAUGAGUAGAUUUUGAGCUGCAAGAAUGCUGCGCAAUUUUGCCCUGUUUUUCGUGUUCACUUGUUCAAAUACUCUGCUGUCCUUUCAAACUUCAUGCGGUGCUGAGUCAGGAAACGCAGCCCCGCAAACAGCAGCGGGCUGCGGCUGUGAAAACCUGAAGAGAGCCGCUGCCGUGGAGCCCGUGGAGGAGAGCACCGCAACGGUCCACCCAGCUGUCAAAUACUCCAAAGAAGUCCACGACAGACCGCCUGAGGCACAGGGAGAUGAGAGAAGAGUGCAAAGUCAGAUGGUGUUGAUCACUGGAGGAGAGUUUCUGAUGGGAACAGACAACCCAGGCAUCCCUGCAGAUGGUGAGGGUCCACAAAGGCUGGUGCAUGUGGACUCCUUCUACAUGGACAUCCAGGAAGUCACAAACCAACAAUUUGAAGCCUUUGUCAAUGCCACAGGUUACAUAACUGAGGCAGAGAAAUUUGGAGAUUCAUUUGUAUUUGAGGGGAUAUUGAGUGAGACCAUAAAGAAUCAAAUCACCCAAGCAGUGGCUGCUGCCCCCUGGUGGCUUCCAGUCAAGGGGGCAAAUUGGAGGCACCCAGAGGGUCCAGACUCAAACAUCAUUGACAAGCUGGAUCAUCCAGUUCUGCAUGUGUCCUGGACAGAUGCUGUUACAUACUGCUCCUGGGCCAAUAAGAGACUUCCUACAGAGGCAGAAUGGGAGUUUGCCUGCAGGGGUGGCCUAAGGGACAGACUUUACCCCUGGGGGAACAAGUUGAACCCUAAAGGACAGCACUAUGCUAACCUCUGGCAGGGAGAUUUUCCCACAUAUAACUCUGAAGAGGAUGGAUACAUCAAAACAUCCCCGGUUAUGUCCUUCCCUGCCAAUGGAUUUGGCCUGUAUGACAUGGUGGGAAAUGCAUGGGAAUGGACAUCUGACUGGUGGACUGUGCAUCACACCACAGACCACAAACAUAACCCAAAGGGUCCUCCAUCGGGCACAGACAAGGUGAAGAAAGGAGGAUCUUACAUGUGCCACAAGUCAUACUGCUACAGGUACCGAUGUGCAGCCCGAAGCCAGAACACUCCAGACAGCUCAUCCUCCAAUGUAGGUUUCCGCUGUGUCUCCCAGGAGCAGCGAUGACCAGAUCUGCUACGACUUACAACAUGGAAUACAGUAACACCCUAUCCCCAAUGUGAGCACAAAUGUAUCCUUAAAUUUAACAGUGAAGUAUUGAAAACAAGACAGAGAUUAAACCAUGAGAAUCCAGGACAUCUUAUAUUCCUGGGGACAUUGUCAAAGCCCUUGAUUUUAUAACCUGAUGUAUUUUUAAAAACUUUUUGCUAAGAUGUGAAUUAAAAGUCUGAUAUUUAUGCUGUGUUUAUGACAGUGAAAAUGUUGUAAAAGUAUUGUAAUGUAUUGUCAUGUUGGAUCAGACUCGUUUUUUUCUUUGUGUGUAAUUUAAGUUACCUGAAAAGGAGGCAAUUUUCUACCUCUUGUUUUUUGCAAU